AUGUUACAGCAUCGUAUUAAAUUGAUAUAUGACUAUUUACAUAGAGGUGAUAAUAAUAAUGCCAUAAAACAAUCUACUAAUGUAUUAUUAAAGUUAAAAUCUAAAAAAUCAAUAGAUAAGGUUAAUAUUGAUGAACAGUUAGUACUUGCUUUAAGAGGUUUAGCAUAUGCUCGUAUUGGAUAUUAUGAUGAUGCAAUAAAAGACAUUGAUACUGUUUUAUUAUAUAAACUAUAUGAUGAAGAUGUAUUGGCAAUUUUGUGGCAUUAUUUUAUGUUAUGUGAUGUAAUAUCAAAUAAAAAACAUAAAUUAGAAGAUCUGAUUGAAAUUUUUGAGAACAAUUCUAAUAAUUGUUUAUUGGGUGAAAAUUUUCAGUUUGAUAUAAUAUCAUUAAAUUUUUGGUUGAGAAGAUACCAAAGUAUGCAAAAUUACUGUAAUAAAUUAUAUUCACGUUAUCGUAAGCCAAUAUAUCUUGUAUAUUCAUCAUUUGCUCUUUAUUGUAUAUGUAAAAAUGAAGGUCAGAAUAUAUAUAACUAUCAAUUAAUAAAUAUAUUAGUAGAUAAAUAUUUGAAUGAAUGUCCUUUUGAAUAUUUAGAUUCAAAUACAGAAUUUCCAAAUAAUAAAAGUAUCAAAUUAUCUUUACAAUCAAGGAGAAUAUAUUCAUUUGUUUUUUUAAUGAAAUUAUAUUCUUUAAGGGAGCUUGGUAAAUUUGAAGAAUAUGAAGAUUUUUUAGAGAAGAUUCAGAAUAAUUAUAAAAUUUUCUUUCCUUGUAUCACAAAUGAGAUGAUAUUAAAUUUAAAGAUAUGUUUAAUAAUAAAACAAUAUACAUUAAAAAAUAUAGAUAAUAAUUUAUCUAAAGAUACAAAUAAUGAAUUUUUGAAAAGUAUAACUCAAAUUUUAUUAAAUUCAACAACUAUCAAUAAUUUGAAAAUAGAUAUACUACGUUUAUUUUCUUAUUUUUUUGUUUCUUUAACAAAAUAUAAUAUGGAAAUUUUGGAUAAUAAAGAAAAAUAUAUAGAUAAUUGUUUUAAUGAAUUUAUUAAUAAUGGUUAUAAUUUAAAAUCAUUCCUAUUAUAUUUUAAUAAAAUAAAUGAUAUUUGUAUUUAUAAUUUACUAGAUAGUUUAAAAGGUCAAAUAUUAUAUUUGGAAAUAAUAUGUCAAAUAUUAUUAUCUUUACCAAUAAAUUAUGGAAUUUUUAACCAUAUACUUGAAGAAAUUAACUUAAUAAUUUGUAACUAUUUAGAAUGUUAUGGAAAUCCUAUUAUUGAUAUUCGUGUUGCAUUAAAUUAUAUAUUAAAAAGUAAAUAUGCAACUACUUUUUUAAGGAGAAUAUAUUUAAAAAAAUUCUUGUUAAAAAUAUCUAAUUUAAAACAAUUAAAAUGUUUAAAUAGUGAACUUGAAUGGUGUUACUUGACAAAUAUUUUGUAUUUAUUGAGUAUUUUAAAUAAUAGUGAGGAUUCUGAUAUAACAUCUAAUUGUAAUGUAAUAGAUAAAGACUAUUUAUCUUUUGAUGAUAUUUAUAAUCUAUUUAAUGAUAUUUUAGAUAUUGAAAUAAAUAUUUUAAAUUCUAAUAAUUAUUCAAGAUAUGGAUCUUUUUUAAUAUCUUUAGUAUUAUAUUGUCUUAGUAUUCCAUUAUUUAAAAAUGAUAAUAGAAUAUUAAUUUUUUCAUUAACAAUUUUACAAUAUUCAUAUAAUAUUAACAAAAAUGGAAUUAAUAAUCAUAUAUCAAUUUAUUUAUUAUCUGAGAUCUUACCAUAUAUUGGAUGUUAUAAUUUAUGUAAUAAAAUUAUUAAUAAUUAUUUGUCUUUAAAGAGGUCACAAUUAAUGACAUUAAAUAUUCAAGGUACUAUAUUUCAAUUAAUAUCAUGUCCAUAUAUUUAUUAUAUUGAUUCAUCUGGUAAGAAUUGUAGGAAUCGUAUAAAUAAAAUCAAUUAUAAUCAAAAUUUCGAUUAUCCUUUAAAAAUUAGAAUGAUCAUUGAUAUACAUAAUGAAACAUGUAGAAAUUUACGUGAUUCAUCUAUAGAAUCUCUUCGUAAUAAUUGCCAUUCUUUUUUUAAUUCAAUAUUAACUCUUCAAACUGAAAAUAUAAUUCAAGAAAAGGAUAUUUAUUAUGAUAUUUUAUAUGGUUUUGAUUUUCUUAAUAAAUUUCUUCAUAAAUUAUUAUCAUGUAAAUUUCUUAAUAAUGAUCUACAGGAUUUUGUUUCAUAUCAUAUUAAUCAAUUAAAAAAUAUUUUAAAUAAACAAGUAUUUGAUAUAUUAUCUAAUAGUAAUAUAAUUAAUCAAGAUUUAUCACCAAUAUUUUCUUCUGUAUCUGCAUUUAUAGAAGUUAUACCCAAAUUUGAAAAUGAAAUUAAUUCAUUAUUACCAUGCAAUUACUUUGAAAUAACUGAUUCUUUUUGUUUUGAGGAUCAUAAUUCAUUAUUAAAAAAUAUAAUACAAGGUGGUACUAUUACUCAAUAUAUAGCAUAUCAUCGCCUUCAAAUCUUUAUUAUACCAAUAUUAAUUAUUAAUGAUUUUAUUUUUAUUAAAGAUAUUCCAGAAUUUAAUAAUAUAUAUAAUUUUAUAAAUAAAUACAAAUCAUUGGAAUUUAUUAAACUAAAUACAAUUAUUCAGAAUGAAUUCAUUAUAAUAUUAUUGAAUGAUAUAAUAUCUCCACUUAUAAUAAAAUUUACUGAUAUUAUUAAAUAUAAAAUUAAUUAUCAAAAAAAUAUCCAAAGUGAGAUUUAUGAUUUAAUUUCAAUAUCUGAAAAAUUAUACAAUUUAAUUAAUAUUCAUAUAAUAGAUCAUUUCUUAAAUACUGGAAAUCAGUAUUCUAAUCUAUUAUCAUAUUUUAAUAUUCAAACAAUGCUUGAAAAUAUUUUAUGUGUUAUUUUUGGACCACUUAAUAUUUCUCUUAUUAUAUAUUUUUGGAUAAUGUCAAAUUUAUCAAAGAAAGACCAACAAUAUUGUAAACCUUUCAUAAAUAUCCAAUCAAAUAUUAUUAAACUUAUUUUAGAAAAUUUAGAAACUUUUAUAUCAAUAUUUUCAGGUUCAGUGGAAUUAUCAAGUGAAUUUGAUACUUUUGAGCUAAUAUCUUUAAAGUCAAAAAUAUUAAGUGAUAGAUAUAAUAAACAGGAACUAAUUUUAAGUGUCAAAUCACUGACAGAAUAUCAAAGUAAUACUAUCCACUAUUCAGUUAAAUCUUUAAAAUAUAUUUUGGAUUGUAUAAAAUCCAAAUAA